AUGACAACCAAUUACUCGAAUAGGGAAAGAUUGAAGGAUGCUGUCAGUGUUCAGUUCGGUCAACCGCCUGACGACGUAUUCCUUAAGAGUCCAACACCUUGGGGUGAUUUAUACACAACGUACGGUUGGAAGGAAGUAACGGUUACAACAAAACCCAUAUCUAGCGUUGUAGUUUCGAAGGAGUUCAGAAAUCAAACAGUUGCCAAACAAAAAUACACAAAUAAGACAUCAAGUAACGCAACGCUUUGGGGAAAUAUGUCCAGAUCUGUGGACGAAGUUACAAUAAACUGGUACAAUCCGAAGAAAAUAUCUAUUAAUGGCAACGUCAGCCACCAUUUUGAUUUCACGCAAAUUGGCGGGAAAGAUUUUCACUUGACAGUUCCAUGGAGAAUCGACACUGAAGAACUAAAUCCUAUUAAAAUUGGAUCAGAGAUUCGUUUCAAAGACAAAUUAAAAACAAAUGAAGCUUUAGAAGUAGAAGUACGAACAAUAAAGGCUAAUAUAAAAAUAGAGGUGGUGUACGAAUCCACUCUAUCAGGAAACGUGGUCCUUAACUACAAAAACAAGCUCAUGGGUCAUCAUUUCUGGGCAGUUGAAGUUGCUGACGUACUAUCGAUAAUUGGAACGAGACCUCUAAUAACAAAAGAAGUUAUAGAAAUGGAGUUCUACACGAAAACUGAGCAAAAGUUAAAAGUAAUUCAAUUGUGA